AUCCCACGAAACUGUCAAAAACCACAAUAAAAAGUCAAUUAGACACUCAAUGCACCAUAAUAUGCGAAAUAGUUCAAUAAAAACACGCAAAUAAACUUAGAAAACGAUUUUUGAAAAGCCCAAAUGUCUGCAGGCGUCCGCCAUAAUGUUUCCUUCGAAACGAAUAAUAUAGUUCUUAUUGCUCUUGUAGCAAGCAAUCGCUCAGCGCUCUAUUCGCUAUUCAAAAUGGCGACCGUGUGGCGUUCACAGUGCGCGUUUGCACGAUUUUUUGUUGGAAAAACCGGGUUGAUCCUGAACAACACUGCUGAUUUGGGUACAAAAGUCGCCCCGAAGUUUAUAUCGGUACUAUCAUCAAGAAGAGAUUAUUCAAAUUAUGCGCAUUCUCCAUUUGUAGAGAAAGUUAAAGAACAAUAUGAUUACGAGAUAGUAAAAAAUCCACCAGAAUGGAAAUACGUAGAAAGGCUUAUGCCUUUUGAAAGCAUUCCUAAAGUGACGCCAAAGGAAUCGUAUCCGUCGGGAUGGAUCCCACCAAAAGAAGAAGCUAACAAUUUACCAUUUUUCAUUCAAAGAACGAAAAAGCAUGACGUGCCUAUUUACUUAGAUAUAACUUACAGGGGGAUGCGAAAAAUAUCGAAAAUUAAAAAAAUUGAGGGUGAUAUUUGGUUAAUGAACGAUGAAAUUAAAGAUUACCUCAAGAAGAGAUAUAAUAGAUAUGUUGAAACAAGAGUUCACGAACUAGGCAAAUUUAUCGAAGUUAAGGGUGACUUUGUCAAUGCUUUAACAGAAUGGGCGUAUUCGAAAGGAUUUUAAAGUAGUUGAAAAUUAAAAUAAAAUUUAUCGAUGAA